AUGAUAUAUUUGUCAUCAUUAAAUGAUGAUACUCAAACCGUUUCAUCAUCACCAAUUUCAAAUGCUCCGUCAACUUCAACUGCAUUAUGUCAAGUUGCAACAGCAGGAUGUUGCGUAUCAUGUUUAAUUCCAAUUACGGAUCAACAUUUUCUGUUAAUGAAUGAACAAAGUUGGCACUAUGAAUGUUUACGGUGCUGUUUAUGUCAUUGCUCAUUACAUAAUGCAUCAACAUGCUAUUAUAAAAAUGGAAUGGUACUUUGUCGUGAUGACUAUCUCGCUAAAUAUGGUAAACGUUGUGAACGAUGUGCUAUCAUUUUAUGUGAUGAAGAUAUUGUUAUGCGUGCUAAUGAUGCAAUUUUUCAUUUGGAAUGCUUUACGUGUUACGUCUGUUCCAUACCACUUCAACCAAGUGAAUUAUUUAUAAUGGGUUGUAAUGGAACAUUAUAUUGUAAUGCGCACUUUGGUGCAAUCAAUCCUACAAAUGAUGAUAAUUCUUUACGAACAACCGCUUCAUCUGAAAUUUCACUGAUAGGAGGGAAAGAACGAUGUCGAAAGUGGAGAAAGUCAACCGAUGAUAUCGAAAGUACCACCGAUAGUAUUGACUGUGUUGAAGAAGAAGCGUUAAGUAUAACGCAUAAAUCAAAACGAAUGCGUACCAGUUUUAAGCAUCAUCAAUUGAGAACAAUGAAAAGUUAUUUCAAUUUAAAUCAUAAUCCAGAUGCUAAAGAUUUGAAACAAUUAGCACAAAGAACUGGUCUUACAAAAAGGGUUUUACAGGUUUGGUUUCAAAAUGCUCGAGCAAAAUUUCGUCGUAAUAGUAUACAAUGUCGUGAAACAUCCAGUAAUUCACCACAUGUACCAUCACUUCCAAGUACUACCUUCAACGAACCAAUUGAACCGAUAACAUGCGGUUCAGUAGGUGAUUCUAUGGAAGAAUCAUGGCAAACAUCAGUAAGUCCGGAAGAGGGAAGUCAACGAGAUGAACAUUCCGGUAGCUCAAACGAUGACAACGAAUUAAAUAAUGGUAAAACUGAAACUGAAAAAAGCGGCUGUAUUAGUUCAUCAGAAAAAUCAUUGGCUGAAUAUUUUGAAACAGAUCAAACAAUGUUGUAA